AUUUUUUCGCACUUCCCGCUUUCGUCGCCGUACACUGUCUCCCUCCUCUUCGCCAAACCCCAACACCACCCUUCCCUCCUCUGCGUCAAAUGCAAACCCUCCGAUGACAUCGGCAACCCCCCAGAGCCUCCGAAGGGAUUUGUCGCCCCUCCCUCCUUCGACGAUGACCCCUCGAGACGGAGGACGAGAUUUCCGCAGCCUACGUAGAGCUCUACGGCCUCGCCUUUAGCGGCGUUUCCAUGCUCGCGAAUGACGUCUUCAAAACGGACGCCAUGGUGAAGCAGGAGGAGUUGUCACCCUAGGCAAGCUAGUCUCUCUUUGCGUUCAAGAGGGAGAUCUCCGUUAUGCACACCUCCUGUUUGAUCAAAUUCCCAAACCCAAUAAAUUCAUGUACAAUCAUUUGAUAAGGGGUUAUUCAAAUAUCGAUGAUCCAAUAAAUUCUUUGUUGCUCUACCGCUAAAUGGUGAGGGUGGGCUUUAUGCCAAACCAAUUCACCUUCCCCUUUGUUUUCAAAGCUUGCGCUGCCAAACCCUUCUAUUGGGAAGCUGUUAAUGUUCAUGCUCAGGCCAUUAAACUUAGAAUCAGGUGUCAUGCAUGCGUGCAAAAUUCAAUUUUGACUGUCUAUGUUGCUUGCCGUCAAAUACCAAGUGCACGACAAGUGUUUGAUGAUAUUUCUGACAGGACUCUAGUAUCCUGGAAUUCUAUGAUUGCUGGGUAUUCUAAAAUUGGCCACUGUUCUGGUGCUGUUAUGUUGUUAGAGGAAAUGCAACAUCAGGGAGUACAGCCUGACGUGUUCACCUUUGUUAGCUUGCUUUCUGUUUCCUCAAAGAAUGGUAAUUUGGAUUUGGGAAGAUUUGUUCAUCUUUAUAUCGUUACUACUGAUGUUCAAAUUGAUUCAAUUGUGAAGAAUGCCCUAAUAGAUAUGUAUGCCAAGUGCGGGCAUUUUCAAUGUGCUAAAUGUGUUUUUGAUAGAAUACUUGAUAAAAACGUUGUUUCUUGGACAUGUAUGGUGAAUGCUUAUGCCAAUCAUGGUCUUAUUGAUAACGCUGUGCAAAUUUUUAAUCAGAUGCUUGUGAAGAACGUGGUUUCUUGGAAUUCAAUAAUCUGGUGCCUUGUUCAAGAAGGGCUUUACAUGGAAGCUAUGGAACUUUUCCACAGAAUGUGUAUUUCAGAUGUGAUUCCUGACAAUGAUGAGUCUAAGACUAUCAAACAAAGAGCCUGUGGGCUUCGAAUGGGGUUCUUGAUGCCUGUUGGUAUACUUGCAAUUAGACUAUCAAACAAAGAGGAGAAUUCAAGAAAGCAUAGAAUUGUGUUCUAUGUUCAUUCAAUUUUACAGGCAAGUAUAUCUAAGUCCACAUUACAUCACAACUGAUAUCAGUGGGAUUAAUAUUUUCUAAAGACACUCACACAAAGUAGAGAAACAUAGGAAGAGAAUUUAAACUUUUCUCUGGAUGACAAACUUGUUCAUAUCCGUGCAUUAGAGUUGCCUUUUUUAUAGGCUACAAUUACAAUAUAAUAAUAGUAAAUGUUUCUUAACCACAAAGAAAGCUACACCACGUGAUUUGUCUGCAGCUUUUCAGUUUUGAGUUUUUCCGUAAACGGUGCCUCUUAAUAAACCAAUGAGAAUUGAAAGCUUUCAAAUGAAGUAUUAUAUGGUCCCAUAACAAAUAUGCGGUACAUAUACUUGAUUUAUUUCUGACAACAACUCCAAAUCAAAUGUAAUAGUUGGAAUAAAUUAGAGUGACUAAUGUCGUACUUUAAAUCAAAUUCAUACUUCAAAGUAAAGCAUUUUGGCUAUUAGUGAAUGAAUAAAUUAGAAUGACUAAUGUGUUAGAUUAGAAUACAACAAAUCAUUUGGAAAGCCUCUGGAUCUGUUAAUGGCCAUAUAUUAGUUUUAUAAGGUUAGUACUAAGAUUCAGAAUUUUAGUUAAUUUUUUAGCCUUCGUUGACCUAAGAAAAUGUGUUUUAGGUUAAUCAUGUUUUAGUCAAAAUUGGUUUGUCACUACAUUUUAAAAUUAGUAGUUUUGGUCUUUUGUAUAUUUUGAAAUUUGAUCAAUUUAAUCUCUAACGACAAAGUUUAAAAUCCACCAAAACAUGAAAGGACUAAAACUAAUUUUUACCAAAAUUUGAGAGAAAUAAUACAACAUAAUUCUUCCUUUAAAUGCCUUAAAAAACAAGUACUCAACCUUACAAAACCAGUGAAAAUUUAAAGUAAUUAGACCUUUAUGCUCCAUGUUUAUUAGCAUUGUUAAUAGAACAUGAUGAAUAUGAUAUUAUUGUUGUUGUUCUUCACAGGGGAUCCAAAAGAAGUGUUUGGUUCUUUGCACACUGGAUACUUGGAACUGCAGUCACAUUCCUGGGUGUCCUGAAUGUAUAUCUUGGAUUAGAAGCCUACCACCAAAAUGGGUCUAUAAACAAAAUCAAGGAUUACAAGUGUUUAAAGCAUAUAGAGUACUGGUGAAUUUGAAUUCAAAGAUUGUAAAUUACUUGGCUUAUAUAUAUAAUUAAGAUUUUUCAAGCGUAGAUUGUCAACAAUACACUAAACUAAAACAGCUAAAAAAAAUACAUUGCAGAUAAUUACCGAAGGCUUUUGCCCCUCGGUAAUUACCGAAAGCUUUUGUCCUUCGGUAAUUACCGAAAGCUUUUGCCCUUCGGUAAUUACCGAAGGGCAAAGGCCGUCGGUAAUGGUUAGCGAUAAGGGAUAUACCGACGGUCAUCUGACCGUCGCUAAGCCGUCAGUAAUGGCUUAUUACCGACGACUUUUGGAUGUUUCCGAAGGAUUAUGGCCGUCGAUAAUGCCCUUCUUUACUAUAGUGAAACUAUUUAAAUUUAGAAAAAUAUUUUAAUUUCUUUAGUAGGUUAGUAUAUAUAUUUAGGAUAAUGAUACUUUGAUAACAUUUUAACAUCAUCUACGUGUUAUUAUGUGAUUGGUCCAAAAUUAUUCCACAAUCAAUGAUAAUAAUCAUAAAUACCAACAUAAUCAAUCAUAGAAUGACACGUAGAUGGUAUUAAAUGUUAUAAAAAAAUAUAUUUAGUCGUUUAUAUACUAAUUAUACAAUAAUAGUAGUGUAUAUAUGUAUAUAGCUAUUUAUAUAGUAGUAAAUACAUUUAUGACAUUUAUUUAUUCCUUUAAAACUAUCUCAAAAAGAGAAGUAAAUAUCCACCAGUGACUUUAAAUAUUGUUUCUCCUGUAGUGUUAUAUGUUUAACGAUUAAUCCUUGAUUUUGAUUUGUUUUGUCCCAUUAUAAAAAUCAAUUAUCUUACACGCUUAAUCGGUAUUUCUUUUUAAUUGUAGUUGCCCUGUAAUAAUACUACACAAAUAUAAGUAUCUCAUAUAAGUUCACUUCAACAUUAAUAUUCCUAACUUGGGUAGUUAAUGUAAUUUUAUAAACCUUACCAUUAAUCCGUGCUCAAAUGCUUAAAUAUAUUUUUUUCCAUUAAAAAUUUUCUUUUACAACAAUUUUUAAAGUACGUACUAGGUACAUAUAUAAAUAAUGGUGUUUCUAUAAACAAACCUACAUUUGCUCGGACAAAAUAUGUUAAGCAAUAUAUAUUUAUUAUUUAACUUGAAAUACAACUUUCAUAAAUUCUGAAAAACAUACACUUUACCCUUAUUAUUAUUAUUAGUGCACUUAAUUUGAAACGACAAAAGCUUUUAUUGUGAAAAAUUAAUUCACUUAAUUAUUAUUAAUAUUAUAAAUAAUUCCAAGAGACACACACCUCCACAACUGAGAAAAAUUAUUAAUUAUUGCAAAAAAAAAUUGUGUAUAUAUAUAUAUAAGAUAUUUAAUUUAUGGUGUUCACAUCUAUUUUUGAAAUUUAUUUUUUUAAAUAAAAGUUUUUUAAAUUAAAAUAAUUAUUUUAUCAAUUUUACAUUUUCUUUAAAUUUAACCCUUUUUUAAUUUGACAUUUUAAAUUUUAAAUUUGACAUUUUAUAAUUAUAAUAACAACAAUAAUAAUACUUUUAUUAUUAUCAUAGAAAAAUAAAUACCGCGCAUGAAUGUAUUUUUUUGUUAUUAUAUAUAAAUAUGUACCUUUUUUUUAGUUUCAUAUUUUAAAUUAAGUAAACUGUUUAUUUAAAUUAAAAUGACCUUGUUUAGGGUAGAUAUUUUUAACUGUUAAUGGUUGAAAAGAAAACGUAAAUGAAAUUAGGUGUAUAACUGAAUUUUUAAUUGGCAUUUGGAGGUAUAUCUUGUCCCUUAGAACGGUUGAGCAGAAUGCAGAACACUUACCAACUAGAAGAGUUAGGUAGCUAUAUAACUACCAUUCAAAGUUUACACAUAUCUCUAUUAAUAUACCAAUUCCACCAUUUCUUAAUGAUUCACUUCACAGUCACUAGAAUGGGGGUUUCAUGGGAAGAAAGUGUGACUUAUUCCAUCAACGCAAUCUACCUUCUGUUCUCAGCGUACCUUGUCUUCGUGAUGCAAAUUGGGUUUGCCAUGAUAUGUGCAGGUUCAGUGCGUGCAAAAAAUGCAAUGAACAUAAUGCUCACAAACGUCGUUGAUGCAGUCGUCGGUAGCAUCUCCUUCUACCUCUUCGGUUUUGCAUUUGCAUAUGGCACUUCUAACCCUUUCAUUGGCACUCAUCUGUUUGCUCUAUCCCACAUUCCAAACGCAACUUACGACUAUGCUUUCUUCCUUUACCAAUGGGCUUUUGCUAUAGCUGUAACAGGCAUCACAAGUGGAUCCAUAGCUGAGAGAACUCAAUUCAGUGCCUAUCUUGUUUUCUCAUUUUUCCUCAGUGGCUUUGUGUACCCAGUUGUUGCUCAUUGGCUCUGGUCAUCCAGUGGUUGGCUCAGUCCAAAUUCAACUCACUUGUUCUUGGGUUCAGGAGCCAUUGACUUUGCUGGGAGUGGAGUGGUGCAUUUGGUUGGCGCAGUUGCUGGUCUUUGGGGGUCCAUCAUAGAAGGCCCACGGACUGGAAGAUUUGAUUCUUUAGGCAGGCCCAUGCCUCUAAGAGGCCACAGUGCAACACUUGUUGUACUUGGGACCUUUUUGUUAUGGUUUGGAUGGUUUGGAUUUAAUCCAGGAUCCUUUGACAAGAUCCUUGUGGCUUAUCCCGGCACGUCGGACCAAGGUAAUUGGACCUCGGUGGGUCGCACUGCCGUUACAACCAUAUUAGCUGGUUCGACAGCCGGAAUAGUUACUUUGUUUGGCCGAAGAUUGUUAGUCGGCCACUGGGAUGCAAUGGAUGCGUGCAAUGGCUUGCUUGGUGGGUUUGUUGCCAUCACGUCCGGAUGCUCUGUUGUUGAGCCAUGGGCCGCCAUUAUUUGUGGGUUUGUGUCGGCUUGGGUUUUAAUUGGG